AUUUAAAAGGUCAAGUGAAGCUGCACCUCACGUUUCGGCGUGCCUGCGCUCUCUGCAGGCUGAGCAGACAAAGAGCACGCGGAGCCCGCAGAGGCUGACACCCAUCCCGGAUCUGUUUUCCCGAAAUAAUUUUGGAAUCAUGCCUGAAAUGCCGGAGGACAUGGAACAGGAGGAAGUUAACAUCCCCAGUAGGCGUGUUCUGGUUACUGGUGCCACAGGACUUCUCGGCAGAGCUGUAUACAAGGAAUUUCAGCAGAAUAAUUGGCAUGCCGUUGGCUGUGGUUUUCGAAGAGCAAGACCAAAAUUUGAACAAGUUAAUCUGUUGGAUUCUGAUGCAGUUCAUCACAUCAUUCAUGAGUUUCAGCCUCAUGUCAUAGUACACUGUGCAGCAGAGAGAAGACCAGAUGUUGUAGAAAAUCAGCCAGAUGCUGCCUCUCAACUUAAUGUGAAUGCUUCUGGGAAUUUAGCAAAGGAAGCAGCUGCAAUUGGAGCAUUCCUCAUCUACAUAAGCUCAGAUUAUGUAUUUGAUGGAACAAAUCCACCUUAUAGAGAGGAAGACAUACCAGCUCCCCUAAAUCUAUAUGGCAAAACAAAAUUAGAAGGAGAAAAGGCUGUAUUGGAGAACAACUUAGGAGCUGCUGUUUUGAGGAUUCCUAUUUUGUAUGGAGAAGUUGAAAAGCUUGAAGAAAGUGCUGUGACUGUUAUGUUUGAUAAAGUACAGUUCAGCAACAAGUCAGCAAACAUGGACCACUGGCAGCAAAGGUUCCCUACACAUGUCAAAGAUGUAGCCACAGUGUGCAGACAGCUAGCAGAGAAGAGAAUGCUGGAUCCGUCAAUUAAAGGAACUUUUCACUGGUCUGGCAAUGAACAGAUGACUAAGUAUGAAAUGGCAUGUGCAAUUGCAGAUGCCUUCAACCUCCCUAGCAGUCAUUUAAGACCUAUUACUGACAGCCCUGUCUUAGGAGCACAACGUCCAAGAAAUGCUCAGCUUGACUGUUCCAAAUUAGAGACCUUGGGCAUCGGCCAGCGAACACCAUUUCGAAUUGGAAUCAAAGAAUCACUUUGGCCUUUUCUCAUCGACAAAAGAUGGAGACAAACGGUUUUUCAUUAGUUUAUGUGUUAUGUUUUUGUUUUUUAAUAAGAAGUAUAGUAUGUGGCACUUUUUAAAGAAUAAAGGAAAUAGUUUUGUAUGAGUACUCUUAAUCUUUCAGGUAAAAGAUGCUCUUGCACUAGUGAAUUAUCUGAAGAAACUAAAGGGCAAUGAUGCUGUGUUUGCAGUAAUAUUUGUUUGUCAGUUUGUUCUGGCUUAACUUUCAGGUUCCGUGUAGUAAAUUAUGUUUCUUAAAUAUUUGAGAGCCAGGGCGAAACAGAUCUGCUGUAGACUUUUUUUUUUUAAAAUAAAAUACAUUCACUCCUAUAACCUCCAUAUUUUCAGGUUUCCUGCAACUGUUGACCCUUUCAUGGUAAUUGUUUUAAACUGUGUGAAAUAGUAUGAAAAUCAUUGAUGUUCAUUAUUUGCUUUGCUUGAGCUCAGAUCAAAAUGUUUGAAGAAAGAAACUUUAUUUUUGCAACUUAAGUACAGUUUUUAUGCUUGAGAUAUUUCAAUAUGUUAUGUAUAUUGGAACUGCAGCUUAAUGCCUCCUGCUUUUUUAGCAGUGUAUGGUGAGCACAUGAAAGAGAGGGUGUGUAUGUGUAAAUUUUUGAAUAUAAAUAUGUAACUGUCUUCACUUCAUGUUGCUAAGUGAUAAUUCACAUGUGUGGUUAUACUAAUAAUAGUUGGUCUUGUAUGUCUUUUGACCUUUCAUGAUAAUAAAUAUGUACUGCUAGCAUGUAA